UGCGCAUUAGGGGACAUGUUCUUGCGGCCGGCAGAGAGCGCUUGCGUACUGGCUUCAGUUUGCCGGCGGCCGGCAGUGAGCGCCUGCGCACUGGGCCGGGCAGUGAUGGCGGGCGUAAGGCCGUGGCCUGUGUUCCAGCUCCUGGCUUUGACCGGACUCGGCUUUAGCCUGAGCCUGGGCCUCGGCCUGGCCGCUCGCGCCGACGAUAUCGUGGUGGGUUGCGGCGGCUUCGUCAAGUCCGACGUGGAGAUUAAUUACUCGUUGAUCGAGAUUAAAUUGUACACAAAACAAGGCACACUGAAAUACCAGACAGAUUGUGCACCCAACAAUGGUUACUUCAUGAUUCCGCUGUACGAUAAGGGGGAUUUCGUUUUAAAGAUUGAGCCACCUCUUGGCUGGAGCUUUGAACCUACAAAUGUGGAUCUUCAUGUCGAUGGUAUUAAUGACAUUUGCACCAAAGGCGAGGACAUCAAUUUUGUCUUCACUGGGUUUUCUGUCUCUGGAAAGGUCUUAAGCAAAGGUCAAACCUCAGGGCCUGCUGGGGUUCACGUUACCUUAAGAAAGGUUGGAACAGUUGUUGACCAGACUUCAUUGACUCAAACUGGAGGAAAGUAUGUAUUUACAAAGGUGCUACCUGGUGACUAUGAAAUCUUUGCAUCCCACCCCACCUGGACUCUACAGAAGGCGUCUACCUCAGUACAGGUGCUGAAUUCUAAUGCAAACGCGUUUGAUUCUCUUGUUGUUGCUGGAUAUGAGGUUGUGGGCUCUGUACGUAGUGAUGGAGAACCAAUGAAAGGAGUAGUGUUCCUACUGUUUUCCUCAUCGGUCGCCAGGCAGGAUACCUUUGGCUGUAAUUUUUCUCCUGUUGAAGGAUUUCAAACAGCAGAUGAAGCCUCACCUUUCCUGUGCAGUGUUGUGUCAGGAGAAGAUGGAUCGUUCAUUUUCCCAUCCCUCCCCAGUGGAGAAUAUAUAGUGGUACCGUUCUACAGAGGUGAGAGAAUUACAUUUGAUGUUGCCCCAUCAAGAUUAGAUUUUUCUGUGGCACAUAACAGUUUAAGGAUUGAGCCUGUCUUUCGAGUGAUGGGAUUCUCUGUUACGGGCCGGGUUUUGGAUGGGCCAAAUGGACAAGGGGUUCGUUAUGCUACUGUUAUUCUCAGCAACCAAAUCAAAGUAACCACAAAGGCAGAUGGCUCAUUCAGACUUGAAAACAUGACAACAGGCACAUACUCCAUUAAUACGCAGAAGGAGCACAUCUUCUUUGAACCAGUUACUGUGAAGAUCGCCCCUAACACACCUCAAUUGGCAGAUAUCGUGGCUAUAAGCUUUAGUGUCUGUGGGCAAGUGGCUGUCAAACGGUUCCCUGAAGGAUUAAAACCACCCAUCAAGUAUAAAUUAGCAAUGGUCACUCAAAGUAAGGAUAAAGCUUCACCAGUUAUAACAGAAACGGAUUCUCAUGGAUCAUUCUGUUUCCAAGCAAAAGCAGGAACCUAUAUCAUUCAGGUGAUGGUCAGUGAAACUGAAGCAAAAGCAGGACUUGCACUGAAGCCAAAGGUUCAAACUGUCACAGUUACAAAUGCACCCAUUAUGGAUCUAUCAUUCACCCAGUUUAUGGCAUCUGUGACUGGCAAAGUACACUGUUUGGAUUCCUGCAACGAUCUUGCUGUGACCCUUCAACCUUUGAGUCGUCAUAGUGACAAACAAAGCAUGCAGCUCUCUGGAGGUGCAGACUCGGCAUCAUUCACUUUUAAUAAUAUUUUGCCUGGCAAAUACAAGGUGAACAUUAUCCAUGAAGAAUGGUGCUGGAAAAAUCGAUCAUUUGAGCUGGAGGUUGUGGAUCAAGAUUUGACUGGGAUAGAAUUUAGACAGACAGGUUACAUGCUCCGAUGCUCACUCUCACACGCAAUCACAUUGGAAUUUUACCAGGAUGGAAGUGGCCCAGAAAAUGUUGGUGUAUAUAAUCUUACAAAAGGCGUGAAUAGAUUUUGUCUUUCUAAACCAGGUGCCUAUAAAGUGACUCCUCGUUCUUGUCAUCAGUUUGAACAUGAGCAUUACAUCUAUGACACAGCGGCCCCCACCAUUCUAACCUUAACAGCGAUUCGACACCGUGCACUUGGUACUAUAGUAACAGACAAAUUGAUGGAUGUAACAGUCACUAUCAGGUCUUCUAUAGAUAGUGAGCCAGCCUUAGUUUUAGGACCCCUGAAAUCAGUUCAGGAGCAGCGGCAGGAACAGCAGCUGGCAGAAAUUGAGGCACGUCGACUAGAGCGCAAGAAGAAGGGCCAAAAGGAAGGGGAGAGAGAGCCUCCUGCCCAGGAAAUUGUGGAGGAGCUAGAAGGACCUUUUCUUUAUGAAUUUUCAUACUGGGCAAGAGCUGGAGAAAAGAUUACAGUCACACCCUCAUCAAAGGAGCUUCUCUUCUACCCUCCAUCAGUGGAGGCUGUCAUUACUGGGGAUAGUUGUCCAGGAAGACUAAUAGAGAUUCAGGGAAAAGUUGGAUUAUUUCUGGAAGGACGGAUACACCCAGCCUUAGAGGGUGUUGAAAUUAUUAUCACUGAGAAAACCUCAACACCACUGAUCACUGUAUUCACUAAUGAGGAGGGGUCAUACAGGGUUGGACCAUUGCACAGAGACCAGGAGUAUUCUGUGACUGCCCAAAAGGAAGGUUUUGUUUUGACUGCAUUAAAGGGAACAGUUGGCGAUUUUAAAGCUUUUGCUUUGGCAGGAGUUACUUUUGAGAUAAAAACUGAAGAUGAUCAACCCCUUGCCGGAGUUCUUUUGUCUCUUAGUGGAGGACAGUUCCGUUCCAAUCUGCUAACCCAAGAGAAUGGCAUGCUUAGUUUUGCAAACCUGAGUCCUGGUCAGUAUUACUUCAAACCUAUGAUGAAGGAAUUUCGCUUUGAACCUGCAUCACAAAUGAUCGAAAUACAAGAAGGGCAAACUCUUAAAAUCAAGAUUACAGGCUAUCGGACUGCCUACAGCUGUUAUGGAACAGUAUCCUCUUUAAAUGGGGAGCCUGAACAAGGAGUUGCCGUGGAAGCUGUUGGCCAGAAUGAUUGUAGCAUUUAUGGAGAGGAUACAGUGACUGAUGAAGAUGGAAAAUUUCGUCUCCGUGGUCUACUGCCCAGUUGUGUGUACCACAUUCAGCUGAAAGUUGAAGGCAAUGACCACAUAGAAAGAGCACUACCGCGGUAUCGUGCUGUUGAGGUUGACAGCAGUGAUAUUGAUGGUGUGAAUAUUCUAGCAUUCCGACAGAUUAAUCAAUUUGAUUUAAGUGGCAAUGUUAUCACCUCACCUGAACACCUUUCUACUUUACGGGUGGUGCUGUAUAAAAGUGAAAACCUGGAUAACCCAAUACAAACAGUGUCGCUGGGACAGUCCCUUUUUUUCCAUUUCCCGCCGUUGUUAAGAGAUGGCGAGAACUAUGUCGUGGCCUUGGAGUCAACAUUGCCCAAGUCACUGUAUGAGUACAUCUUGCCUCAAAUAUCCUUUAGUGCAACUGGUUACCAUAAACACAUUACCCUUAUGUUCACCCCUUCGAGAAAGCUUCCUGAGCAGGAUGUUGCCCAGGGAUCAUAUAUUGCCUUGCCUCUUACUCUGCUCCUGCUUCUGGCUGGUUACAAUCAUGACAAGCUGUUCCCAUUGCUGACGCAGUUGAUAAAUCGCUUACAGGGUGUGCGGGCGCUCAGUCAAGGUGGUUUAGAUGGUGCUAGCCAGGAGGAGGCCAAGAGACAAGCCAAAAGGCUAAAGUCAAGACGCACAUGAAUACAUGUGAACAAACUGGCUGAGAUUUACUUCAGUUCAGCACACUUACAAAGUCCAUCAUUCAUUAUCUGGUUCACUUAGUUGAACUGCCCCCAUGAUUGUUAAAGUCAUUUAUCAUUAUAAGUUACAGAUCUAGAUUUUUACUGCUAACCUCUGAUUUGAACUAAAAUUUGUUUUAUGUUAAAAUUUGGGAUUACAUAUGUUUCAGUGAUUGGAAUUGGUUUAAAGAUUUAAGAAACACAUCAAUGGGGCAGAAUUUUGAUCAGAAAAGAUGUUAAUUUAUUUUCACUGUUGUUCAAACUCACUUGAAAAGCAAAGCCAUGAAAUCAAUGAUGCCUGUUUUGUAAUGUACUGUAUAUUUGAACUGAGCCAUUUUGAUAAUGUGGUAAAAUAUGAGUGUUUGACAAACAGCUGGGCUGCAUUAUUGAAUACACUGGCAAACUGAAAGGAGUCACACCCUGCGUUUUAAAAAAAAAAAAAAAAAAUUCAGUUUUUCUUCCAUGGUGAACAAUGAGAUUCUGGAUCAAUUUUUCUCAAUUUAGCAUGGAUUGUUACCUCACUUCUGUUAAAACCUUAAGAGUUAUCUCACACCAACACAGGAAAUCUUUUGAAAUAUUAAUUUGUCUCUUUGGGUAAUUGUAAGUGAGUAGCUUACCUUCUGGUUAUUGUAAAUCUGUUUUAUUCUAUUACACAAUCUUGCGGAAGGUAGCUUUUGUUGAUAUUUAGUUGUGGCAACUGAGCCCAUGACUGAAGACCACUUGAUGUAUUUUAUCUUGAAAUUCUUUGUAUUUUGGUUUGCAGGCAAAAUGCUUGAGAAAGUGGGGAGCAGGGAUUUGUAUUUGUAUUGCAUUUGUUUAACACUUUUGGUGUAAGAAACAUCGUAACGUGCUUCACAGGACUGUUAUAAAAUAAAAUACAGGGAUUUACCACUCAUCCAGCACCCUCAGGACUGGGCUAAUGCUGGAUUUUGGAUAUUUUGAGAUUUCAUGUUGGCUAGUUUAGGACAGAGUGGACAGGUGGGGGUCAAAGGUUGCUUGGUGAGGCAAUACAGCAGUUUGUGACAUGGCAACGACAGUAAAUAGCCCGAAGACGCACUGCGCAAAUGUAGUGCUGAAUUGUCCAGGUAAGUUUUACUUCAAAAGAAAAUUUAUUUGAUUAAAAUUGAUGCAUGGAUGAUUGCAAAUAUGUCAGGUUUUCAGAUGCUGUCAGUUUUUGGGUAUUCUUACCUGUAUGACAUAAAGUCACACAGGAAGAUAAUCAGCCUGGCCAAGAACAAGGUCAGCAUUUGUCGCUAAUGUUUUAAAGAAAGUCUUGAGAGAGGUGGAGAGUAUAAGGAGGGAAUUGCAGAGCCUGGGGCCUAAGCAGCUGAAGGCACAGCCAUUGACAGUGGGGAAUUAUAAUUAUAAAUAGACAAGAGGCCAGAAUUAGAUGAGUGCAGAUAAGUUGGAGUACUGCAGGGUUGGAGGAGAUUGGAGAUGAGGAGUGCCUGGAUUUUUGAGGGGUUUGAGAACACAGGUGACAAUUUUAAAAUGAAGACUUUGCGUUAUUGGUAGCCAGUGUAAGUGAGUGAACACAGACUAUAGGUGAACAGAAAUGUUGCGAGUUCAAACAUGGGUGGCUGAGUUUUGGAUUAGUACAUUUGAAUAAGAAAGGUGAUGGCCCCGUUAUAUUGUUGCUAGACUCUAGAGACCCAUGUUCUGGGAACCUGGGUUUGAGUCUCACUGCAUCAGAUGGUGUAAAAAUAAAAGUAAAUGAAUAAAAAUGUCUGUAGAAUUA